UCGAGGCUAUGGAGGGAGGGCACAAGAUCAUGAAAAAAUUGCUUUUGAUGUGUACCUUCAUUUUACUUGGUUUGGUAAGGAAUACCUUGACUUAUGAUUAUCCGGCCUGCAUUGAGUGCUUACCAAAUCCUCAAGAACCUCAGUAUGGUGGAGGAAUCAUCAGAAACCCUCAACUUGAUGAAGACCUGCAAGGGUGGUCUCCAUUUGGGGAAGCCAAAAUUGAACACAGAGAAUCCAGAGGCAAUAAAUACAUUGUGGCUCACAGCAGAAAUCAACCCAAUGACAGUGUUUCUCAGAAACUCUAUCUAGAAAAGGACAAUCUGUACAUAGUCUCUGCUUGGCUACAAGUGAAUGGUGGUGGUGGUGGUGAUGUUCUUGUAGCAGCAUUGUUCAAAACAGAAAAUGGCUUGAAACAUGCUGGUGCUGCUAUUGUUAAGUCUAACUGUUGGUCCAUGCUCAAGGGUGGUCUCACAGUGGAAGAAGCAUCAGGCCCUGCUGACCUAUAUUUUGAGAGCAAUAAUGCUUCUGUAGAAAUAUGGGUCGACAGCGUCUCCUUACAACCAUUCACCAAAGAGCAAUGGAAGUCUCACCAAUAUCAGAGCAUGGAGCAGACACGUAAAGGAAAGGUGCAAUUGCAAGCAGUUGAUGAACAAGGAAAACCAUUAGCAAACUCCGAGAUAAACAUCAAACAGAAGUCAACAAGCAUCCCUAUUGGUUGUACCAUAAACCCAAAUAUCCUCACCAACCUGGCUUAUCAAAGUUGGUACCUUCCAAGGUUCAAAUACGCCACCUUGGAAGACCAAAUGAAGUGGUUCGUGAACGAGCCAGUACAAGGAAAAGAGGACUAUUCUGCUGCUGAUGCCUUGAUUCAUUUUGCACAACAACAUGGGAUCUCAGUUCGUGGCCAUAAUGUUCACUGGGACAAUCCUUCUCUCCAACCUAGUUGGGUCCAUUCACUCUCUCCAGCUCAACUCAAUGAAGCAGUGUCCAGAAGGCAGGCAUCAAUCAUGACGAGGUACAAGAACAAGGUGAUUUCCUGGGAUGUUGUGAACGAAAAUGUUCACUAUUCUUUCCUUGAAAGCACACUUGGGAGCAAUGCAUCAGCUAGUAUUUAUAAGGUCGCUCAUGAUCUCGAUGCAUCAGCGAUACCAUUCAUGAAUGAUUUUGGCACCAUUGAGGAUACCAAAGAUAUACUAGCAACACCAGUACAGUACAUUCAGAGGCUUAAAGAUAUACAAAGCUUCCAUGGUUACAGUGGAUGGCCUGUUGGAAUCGGGCUUGAGGGCCAUUUCACUAAUCUUGACAUGGCUUACAUGAGAGCUUCCCUUGACAUGCUCGGUGCCUUAGGAAUGCCAAUUUGGCUCACAGAAUUGGAUGUUAAUAGCCAACCCAACCAGGCUCAGCUCCUGGACAAGAUUCUGAGGGAGGCAUUGUCUCAUCCAAAGGUUCAGGGAAUUAUGAUAUGGGCAGCGUGGAAGCCUGAGGGAUGUUACAGGAUGUGUUUGACAGAUAACAAUUUCAAGAACUUGCCCACAGGAGAUGUAGUUGAUAAGAUUCUGAAAGAGAUGGGCUCAAAUAGGUUAAGAGGUCAAACUGAUGCCAGUGGGUUGUACGAGGCCUAUCUCUUUCAUGGAGAUUAUGAAGUGGAAAUCACUCACUCAAGCUUGCCUAAUUCCACCAUUGCUCACCAUUUCAGUGUCGUUCCAAGUCAUGACCUUAACAUAACCAAGGUGACUCUGAAAGCUCAUGUGUAGUGUAAUUUGUUUAUCCGUGAGAGACAAGGCAGGUUGUCGCAUAAUAAGUUCUAUAAAGUCACAACAUUAUCAAUAA